AUGGCAGCUUUCAGCCACAGAAUGGCUUUUCCACAUGGAUCAUCGUCGCCGUGCACAAGCAGAGACAUAAGCAUCUCGCAGAGCAGAGACUCGUCGUCCUCCGGGAUACCCCAGUUCAUAGUUCAGAUCGUGAACACCUGCACCAUGCCCCGCUGCUCGCCCUCGGGCAUUCACCUGCACUGCGGCUGGUUCGCCUCGGCCAGGGUGGUGAACCCGAGGAGCUUCAAGAGGCUCUCCUACGACGACUGCCUCGUGAACGGGGGCGAGGCCUUGAAGUCCAGCCAGGUCGUCCGCUUCACGUACUCCAACUCCUUCAUGUACCCUCUCGCCUUCAAGUAUGCCAAGUUUUGCUGA